UAUUGUCCAUCGUAUCAGUUACAAGAUGGUUACACUCGACACUGAUCAACAGCCAAUCGCUUACAAGGUGAGUUCAGGUAGACUAUAGUAAGUCUCCAUAGAAAAACAGAAGUGGAAAAGUACUUACAGGUGUGACAACGGCAUAAGAUCAAAAUGGUCGUGUGCGGAACUACCGUAGUCCCAUGUACGACGCAUAGUUUAUAUCCCGUGCAAUUACCUGUUUGCCCACUUACACCUAUACCCGUAUGGAAGCAAUCGUAUGGAAUGGAACAAGUAUGGACUACAGAAUUCCAUAAUUUAUUUUCGCAAUAUCUACCGCAUUUGUGGUCACUUUGGCCGAGUUCAGGACGACCAAUCGGACCUUGGCACAACUUUGUAGAUUCAGCUAAAGUGCGUUUCUGCUGCGAUGAUUGUGGUCAUGGAUGGACUUCUAUGAAAGGAAGAGUUGCUUUCUGGUUUAAAUUAUUUCCUAACGGGCAGGGUAUGGUAUUAUUUAAAUUAUUUGGUCAACAGUGCGAAAGUUGUAAAGGAGACAGAUACGAACCCGCAAUGUGGUAUCCAGAAGAAGUUGUUAAAGUAUUAGUCAACAUCUACAAUCGAGUAGGACAGGUAUUUUAUGGAUUUCACCAACCGCCGAUACACAAGAGCAGACGUCCAGGAAAACCCAGGAAUCCACAUAAUAGCGAUUUAUGUCAAGCUUGCAAAGACGGUGUUUGUGCAGAGAGGAGGUAACACCAUGAUCUUUUCUUCUCAAAAAUCUGUUUAUGUAAAAAAAAAAUAAUACCCGACAACUCUUUAAAACAAAACGAUUUCCUACUUAAUUUGGUCCUCCGAAACGUUUUAAAAAUAGACUAGUCAUUGUUUAUUGCAUAAAAUGCAUGGUCACAUGCCGCACGUACAUAGUCAAUACUAUAGAAACUGUACAGGUAUUAUCUC